AAAGUAUAAAGUAANGUAUAUAAACUCAAACACAGACUCACAGAAAGUCAGUCAAGUUUUCUAAUUGUAAUCCAAAAUACAAUUACAACAAACUUACAGCAAAAAUGCAAGUGCCGCUCGUCGUAGCGCUAAUUGCCUGCGCCAUUAGCCAGGCAUUGGGCGCCGGGGUCUACACCCAGCGCUUUCUGGAUCAGUACAGCAAAAUACACAACGCAUCCAAUGGCUACUUCUCAAAGGAGGGCAUUCCCUACCACUCGGUCGAGACCCUGAUGGUGGAGGCGCCUGACCAUGGUCAUGAGACCACGUCCGAGGCCUACAGCUACUACAUAUGGCUGGAGGCAAUGCACGGGGCACUGACCAAGGACUUUUCAUCGUUCAACACGGCGUGGGAGACGAUGGAGAAGUACAUCAUACCGGGCCACCAGGAUCAGGCUACCAACAGUUUCUACCAUGCUGACAAACCGGCCACGUUUGCCGCCGAGCAGGACCUGCCCUCCCAAUACCCGUCGCCCAUGGAAUCGGGUGUACCGGUAGGUCACGACCCCAUCGCCGAUGAGUUGAAGUCGUCGUACGGCUCGCCCGACAUCUAUGGCAUGCAUUGGCUUCAGGACGUGGACAACAUCUAUGGGUUCGGUAACGCGCCGGGAGUUUGCGAGGGCGGACCGGGCACUGCCGGCCCCUCUAUGAUCAACACCUUCCAGAGGGGGCCCCAGGAGUCGGUGUGGCGUACGAUACCUCAGCCCACAUGCGAUUCGUUCAAAUACGGCGGCAAAAACGGCUUUCUCGACCUCUAUGUCGGGGACAGUAAUUACGCCAAACAGUGGAAGUUUACGGCCGCUCCGGACGCCGACGCCCGAGCCAUUCAGGGCGCCUAUUGGGCGGGACAGUGGGCUAAGGCGGCGGGAAAGGAGGCCGAGGUGUCGGCCACACUGGCAAAGGCCGGCAAACUCGGGGAUUACCUCCGAUACGCCCUCUUUGACAAGUACUUCAAAAAGAUCGGCCAAUGUUUCAACCGAAACACGUGUCCGGGCGGCACCGGUAAGGACUCGGCCCACUACCUGCUGUCGUGGUACUACUCCUGGGGGGGCGCCACCGACACGUCCGGGGGCUGGGCCUGGCGUAUAGGAGACGGGUCGGCCCACUUUGGCUACCAGAACCCGUUGGCCGCCUACGCCUUGGCCAACGACCCGGCGCUCAAACCCAAGAGCCCGACGGCCGCCGACGACUGGACUAAAUCACUGGAACGACAGCUCGAGUUCUACGCCUACCUCCAGACCCAAGAGGGGGCCUUUGCUGGCGGCGCGACCAACACGUGGAACGGCCGCUACGACAGCCCGCCCGCCAACCUCACGGCCAACACCUUCUACGGUAUGGUCUACGACUGGGAACCGGUAUAUCACGACCCGCCGUCCAACCAAUGGUAUGGUAUGCAGGCCUGGAGUACCGACCGGUUGGCGCAGUACUACUACGUGACGGGCGAUGCCAAGGCUAAGGCCCUGUUGGACAAGUGGGUGGCCUGGGUGUUGGCCAACACCAAGUUUGAUGGCGACAAAUAUGAGUUGCCGUCGAGUCUCGAGUGGAAAGGCAUUCCCGCCUCGUAUUCCGGGGGCGCCCCUCACGUCAACCCCGACCUACACGUGACGAUCACUGAGUCGAGCGCCGACGUGGGGAUCGCCGCCUCCACCGCCCGGACCCUCGCCUACUACGCGGCCAAAGCCAACCACACGGAGGCCAAGACGGCGGCUAAGAAACUGCUGGACGGCAUGUGGACGCUCUACCAGACCGGCAAAGGGGUGGCCGGAAAGGAGGUGCGCAAAGACUACAACAGGUUCGCCGAGAAGGUGUAUGUGCCGUCCGGUUGGACCGGAAAGUACCCCAACGGCGAUACCAUCGACUCGACGGCCACUUUCAUAACGUUGCGCUCCUUUUACAAGAAGGACAAGGAUUGGGCUAAAGUGGAGGCCUAUCUCAAUGGGGGGCCGGCGCCCGAGUUCACGUACCAUAGGUUCUGGCAACAGGCAGACGUGGCACUCGCUCAGGGAGCUUAUGGGCUACUGUUCAACGAAUAGACUAC